UGUACUGUGACUUUGCUGGGUCGGGAUCGGUGCACUCUAUCCCAGGAAUGACCGAUUCCCCAGCGCUCCGAUAGACAGGGGAGGGCCAGCAACACCCACCACCCUUUCUGUCUGCCCUCCCUUACCUAGGCUUCACUAUGUCCACACAUGAACUCCUAGGACUUCUAGCCCACAGAUGAUUUCUCCCAAUCUACUCAGAAAGAGAGGGACUAGAGAAGGAUGAGACUCGAACCCGGGUUCCCCUCCUCACCCCCACACACCCACGCUGCAGUCAGCCCUUUCUGCUGGUGCCUGGGCCGCUGUCCGAGCCCCGCCCCUAGGGUUCGCACGCGGCCCCCGCCUGACCCGGCGCCCAGGGGCGGAGUAGGGCGGGGCGGGCGGCAAACGCAGCACUUUCGCGGCUUUGACAAGCCCGCAGCGGCCGGGCUGGAACGCUGAGCCCGGCCGAGACUGCGCCAUGCAGGAAGCGCCAGCUGCGCUGCCCACGGAGCCAGGCCCCAGCCCGGUACCUGCCUUCCUCGGCAAGCUAUGGGCGCUGGUGGGCGACCCAGGCACAGACCACCUCAUCCGCUGGAGCCCGAGUGGGACCAGCUUCCUCGUAAGUGAUCAGAGCCGCUUCGCCAAGGAAGUACUGCCCCAGUAUUUCAAGCACAGCAACAUGGCGAGCUUUGUUCGCCAACUCAACAUGUACGGUUUUCGGAAGGUGGUGAGCAUUGAGCAAGGUGGCCUGCUCAGGCCAGAGCGUGACCACGUUGAAUUCCAGCAUCCAAGCUUCGUGCGAGGCCGUGAGCAGCUACUGGAGCGCGUGCGCCGCAAGGUACCUGCCCUGCGAGGUGAUGACAGUCGAUGGCGUCCUGAAGACCUGGGCCGACUUCUGGGAGAGGUGCAAGCUUUGAGGGGAGUACAAGAGAGCACGGAGGCACGGCUGCAGGAACUCAGGCAGCAGAACGAGAUCUUGUGGCGAGAGGUGGUGGCAUUGCGGCAGAGCCACAGUCAGCAGCACCGGGUCAUCGGCAAGCUAAUCCAGUGCCUGUUUGGACCACUUCAGACAGGUCCCGGCAGUACAGGAACCAAGAGAAAGCUGUCCCUGAUGCUAGAUGAGGGGAGCUCGUGCCCAGCACCUGCCAGAUUCAAUGCCUGCCCCCUGUCUGGUACUCUCCUUCAGGACCCCUACUUUAUCCAGUCGCCCCUCCCAGAGACUACCUUGGGCCUCAGCCCUCACAGGGCCAGAGGGCCCAUCAUCUCUGACAUCCCAGAAGACGCUCCAUCUCCCGAAGGACACAGGCUUUCUCCCUCCAGUGGUGGCAGGAGGGUGAAGGGUCUGGCGCAGCUCAAAGAAGAGCCGGCCAGUCCAGGGGGGGAUGGCGAGGCCGGGCUGGCCCUGGCCCCAAACGAGUGUGACUUCUGCGUGACAGCGCCCCCACCACUGCCUGUGGCUGUGGUGCAGGCCAUCCUGGAAGGGAAAGGGGGCUACAGCCCUGAGAGGCCCAGGAGUGUACAACAGCCUGAACCAAGAGGCCCCAGGGAGGUACCUGACAGGGGAACUCUGGGCCUGGAGCGGGGUAACCGGAGCCCCGAGAGUCUGCUGCCCCCAAUGCUGCUCCGGCCUCUCCCUGAAACUGUGGAGUCCAUAGCACCCAUGGAUGUGCUGGGCCCUAACCUGCAAGGACGAGAAUGGACCCUGAUGGAUCUGGACAUGGAGUUGUCUCUGAUGCAGCCCUUGGCUCAAGAGAGGGGCGAGGCUGAGCUGACAGUCAAGGAGCUGAAUUCUUCAGGUGUAGGGAAAGACCACACGCUGGGAACCCCACUCCUGCUGGACGUUCCCGCGGAUUUGGAGGGUACAGCCCUGUCAGUGCCUGGGGCUUUAACCCUUUACAAUACCCCUGAAAGCAGUGCCUCCUACUUAGACCCUGGAGCCAGUCCUUCCUCCCCCUGAAGUCCCCACCCCUCUGAAAAAGCCUGGCUAAGGAACCGGCACGCAGCACACACCCCUUUAGGCUUCCUGGCGUCCCCUGGGGGGAGGUGAACGAAGCCCCCGUUAUGCGCAGCCUCUCUCCACUACCCUAGUGAGUCCUGCAAUAUAAACUGCAUUCCCCAA